AAAAAAAUGUUUAUUUUUAGUCCUUUUGUGCUGGUUUUGUACGGUCAAUGGGAUACACAUUUUGUGGUCCUGGCAACCCUGCCUAUAUCGGUGAACAGCGUAGUGGUGUGGAACCAACGUCUAUCGAAGGGGUGUCGGAUAAAAUAACUACACACGAAAAUAACACAACCACUAUACCUCAGUUUCGGUGGUAAACCAUUUUAAGUGCUUUCCUUCUGAGAAUACCUGCUCUCACACAGAAUGGACACGUGUAGGCAGCAUUGUUUCCCAAGUGAUCAUUAGUCCCAGGCCAGUCAGGAGGUCUGGUCCAGAGAGGUGUCCCAGUCAGGAGGUAAGGCCUAGAGAGGUGUCCCAGUCAGGAGGUAAUGCCUAGAGAGGUGUCCCAGUCAGGAGGUAAGGCCUAGAGAGGUCUCCCAUCAGGAGGUAAGGCCUAGAGAGGUCUCCCAGUCAGGAGGUAAGGCCUAGAGAGGUGUCCCAGUCAGGAGGUAAGGCCUAGAGAGGUGUCCCCGUCAGGAGGUAGGGCCCAGAGAGUUGUCCCAGUCAGGAGGUAAGGCCUAGAGAGGUGUCCCAGCCCCAGUCAGGAGGUAAGGCCCAGAGAGGUGUCUUUCCCCUUAGUCAGUCAGUAUGGCCCAGGCGGAGGCCCAGCCCAGUGGGGAUAACAGCCCCCAGCUCAUCUCCCUCCAGUCGGAGAGGUCAGAGGCAUCAGGGAACCACGCAGAGGUGGGCUCCGCCAACCGGAGGAAGAGGAGGAGGAAGGAGCCCAGACCUGAGUCCAUCAUUGUGUAUCGCUCAGACAAUGAGAGGGGGCCCGGGGAGGAGCAGGUGGGAGAGGAGGGAAGUGCUGAGAGGAGCACCGAGGAGGGGGCCAAGUUCCUCAACACACCCACCGGCGAAGGAGGCUGGAGCGACAGGAGCAUGCCCCCAGACAGCCGUUAUGUGACCUUGACCGGCACCAUCACCAGGGGGAAGAAGAAGGGUCAGGUGGUAGACAUCCACGUUACUCUAACAGAGAGAGAACUCCGGGACAUGGCCCUCUCUAAAGAACGUCUGGACGCUGAGUGUGAGAGGGGGCAGGGCUCCAAGUGUUCCUGUGGCUUGGGGUUCUUUCAGGGCCCCCAUGUGAUCCUCUGGAGCCUAUUGUGUGCUCCCCUGGUAUUCCUUAUCGCCUUCAUCACGUCGUUUUACUAUGGAACGCUCACCUGGUACAACGUGUUCCUGGUCUACAACGAGGAGAGAACAUUCUGGCACAAGAUUACCAUCUGCCCCUUCCUCAUCAUCUUCUACCCCAUGCUGAUCAUGCCCAUGGCCCUGUCCCUGGCUCUGUACUCCACCCUGGCGCAGGUCUCCUGGGUCUUUAGUGAGUGGUGGCUGUCUGUCCGCGACCUGGAGAAGGGGUUUUGUGGCUGGGCCUGUGGGAAGCUGGGGCUGGAGGACUGUUCUCCAUAUAGUAUCGUGGAGCUGCUGGACUCUGACAACUUCUCAGGGAGCAUGCAAGGGAAUAACAAGGCCCCCGACGAGGAUGCUCAGACGUCCUCUGUGUGAGACUGGGUUGUAUUCACUAGGAAGCAAACGGGUCGAAACAGGUUAGAACUACCUGAACUUAUCCGUUAAUAAGAAACACUUUUUUGCAAUGGUGUACCCACUAAUGAAUAUAACCCUGGACUGGCAUCAUGGACACAAACUGGCAUAGUUGUCAUACUUUCACAUUUUUCGAUACCAUCAAAAAAGCCGGUUAUUGUUUUAACUUACACUUCUUACUAACCUCGCAUUCUUACUGGUUGUUAUUGAAGUGAACUCUGUGUUUACUGGGCCAAUCACUAUGUUGUUAUGUUUAAAAUGGUCUUAUUUAUUUGAAUAUUCCAACCACUAGCUAGUUUAGUUGUAAGUGUUGUCAAUGGAUGUUUUGUAUCAUAGGACGGGCUAUUACAAUCUGUUUAAAUUAAAUAUACUGCAACAUGAGGGUUGCUACAAUACUGCCUAAAGUUUACUGUAUACGUCACGGAGGAUCAAACACAAGACCUAUCUAUCAAACAUAUUGAUAGAUUUCUGUUGAAAAACUGUUGCACUGAAAUCCUCGAUAUAGGACAGGCAGGAAGUUACCUUUUAAAUCUAAUGUACUGUACCCGCAUGAAGUAAAACUUGACCUUUCUCUCUUUGGGGUUGAAGAGAUUACAUUUUAAACUGUGGCAGGGUGGAAGGAACUCUGGGGCGUUCAUUCAGCAGACAAGAAUGUAGAAUUAAGAUUUGAAGGAUCUAAAAGGAUUUUGGUCAGUACCUCUGUUCUCUAUAUAAAGGUUCACCUGUGUGUGUUGUUCACUCACUCUUCACAUCAUGUUUGUUGCUCACCAUGAGAUAAACUGUAUGGAAAUAAAACCUGAAUCAUUUUCACAGUUCAACA